AUGUUAAAUUUAGAUGGGUAUGAUCUCGUAAUGCUUUCGAUGGUUAACAAAUCGAUUCGAUCUCAAACCAAAGAUAAUUUAUUAUGGCGUAAAAUUUGUUUUCGAGAAUUUCCUAAUGAUAUCAUACGGAUGAAUUAUGAAGGAAAAGAUAUAAGUUUGAAUAAUAAUAAUUGGUUUAAUCUCUGGAAAGAAAUUGACAAGAAAAAUUCAACAAUAAUCUUUGCUGAACAACCGCAAUUCAGUCUCAUGAUUCCUCCGUGUUGGACAAAAAAUGAAAGUGAUGGCUUACAUCCUAAAAUAAUCAAGACGACAAUGCCUUAUUUUGAUGUACACGCAAUAUUCGGUACACUUAUGCCAGGCAUUUACCAAAUGGUAUGGGAAAUUAAAAUUGGUUCACUAAAAAACGGUCAAAAUUUUAAAUUCAUUACAAAAGUUUCAGAUAAAGAUUGGAAAAAGACAAUAAAUUAUGCUUAUAAACCAAGACCUUACGAGAUUGAGAACUUAUCAAAUAAAGGAUGGUUAAAGUUUAAAGUACCAACUAAAAUUUUUGUUCAAGAAAAUUCUAACGUUAAAACUGAAUUGAGAAGAUACACUAAUUUAGAAGAAAACGAAAUCUCAUUAUGGAUUAAAUCAAUGGAAUUAUAUUCAGUACAACUUGUAAGAUGUUGUUAA